AUGUAUUGGCACAAAGCACGCGCUGUCUCACAGACUCGGCUGUUGCCUACCUAUCCACCUACUGUACCAGCCACCAUUAACGUCGACAUAUAUUUUGAGGCUACACAAAAAGCUCGGAUCCUUCGUGACUUAACAUACCAGAUACUGUCAGAGAUCGCGAGGACAAUGCAAACCAUCCACUACAUACCCGGAGACGCCAUCAUCAAGCGAGGAUCUAAGAAGUGCAAGAUUAUCUACAUCACUUAUGGAGAUAUUGAAAUGCUGACUGCAGAAGACGACACAACACCAAUUUUGCGGUUUACUCGAGGGACGGUGCUGACACCGUGUGGUUGUGCUGCUGCAGCAGCCGUGGGCACAUCGCACCUAGCUGUCAGGGCUGCCACCUUCUGCACAGCACAUGUUCUGACUGCAGCUGACCUUUGGAGGGUCGUCAACAAGCAUGCCGUCUCACAAGACCAUGCGGGACCCAUACUAGCCUCCUUCACUGACCACAUUGAAAAAGUGAAACGGCAUUAUCAAAUGAAGAUACCUGAUAAGUCCAUCCAUAAAAGCAGCAUCUUACAUUUCAACCGCAACCUCAUGUCUCUGAAGAAGAUGAAGAAUGCCAAUGGGGAGCCCUUGCUGGCCGGCUCCGAUAUCUUCCUGGAGAUCGCUGGCUGUUAUAUCAUGAGAAAUGUAGGUCGUUUUUUUAAAGGUUUCAGACAGUACCAUUAUUAG